CACUGUGUGUUUGUCUUUUGUCCUGCACUGUGUCUUUGUUUUUUGUCCUGCACUAUCUUUGUCUUUUGUCUUGUCUCAUACUGUUUGCAUCAGGUUGUACAGAUGCACUUUAUGUAUCUAGGACUAACUUACUUAAGUCCUUAAGUUCUAUGUAACACCAUGUGUCAGUUAUAUAUGGUUGAAAUGACAAUACAAUCUUCUUGACUUGUUGACUUGACUAAUAGCUAAAGCAAAAACUGUUUCAGGAUAUUGCUAUUUUAAGUCUGUUUUAUUUGUACAGACAAGCAGGUUUUUUAGCUGCACCUCAUUUAACUGCUAUACACAGUAUACAGAUUAUGAAGGUAAAUAAAAACUACAACAAAUUAGAAAUGAAUCGUUGGAAAAAUGUUGGAAGACUUGUUACAUUUUUAUGACAUUUGUUGUUUGCAAUAAACAAUACAAAAAAGAAAACAAAAUAAUCAUUUGGACUGUUCUAGCUACUGUGCUUUUUAGGCUACCGAUCAGAUAAAUCUAACAUGUACAGUAUGUGCGAUUUGACCCAAUUUGUUUGGUUUCUAGAUCAUUCUCAUUACAACGGCACUGAAGUGGUGUGGUGGUGAUAGUAGGAUUGUAUCAGCAGUGAUGCAACUAUAUUUCCAGUGCAUCAUCAUUGUUAUAGUAUGUGCAGUUUGUGUUAAUCACUCAAGUUGGGUUCAACAGAGACAGUUUGUAACUAGUUAAUCUGAUAUCUUUGGUUUGUAGCUGAAUAUCAUUUGAUAACAUUUUUAAACAACUUUAUUUACCAGUUUGCUUCCUUAGGUGAUACUAGAAUGAAUGAUUUAGAAACAUAUAUUGACUUCUUUGAAUUUGUUGUGAAAUUCUGAAAUUCAUAGAAUUUGUUGUGAAAUUCUGCGUCUCUGGAUAUCUGUGACUGACUGCAUCGAGCUUAGACAAUAAAUAUUUCAUGACUGCACGCGUCAAUAGGCUUAGGACUGAAAGGUAUUCCACAAGCAACACGGGUAUCACAUGUAUUCCUGUUGCUAAGACAGGAUCUGAAUUUAUCUUUAAGUAAACAUAGACAUAAACACAUCACCAGAUGGAGUAUUAUGCUGUAAGAAAACCCACAUCAAGCUUUGGAGGAUGUAGUAGUUGAGCCAAAUUUAGUUGACUACCAGAGUGUAUGGAUGGAGGAUAAAAUAUGGAGCAGACCAUUGUGUCACUGGAUUGUCUAAGCCUAGCUGAGAGAGACAGAACUUAUGAGUCUAAAUUUGAGGAUGAGUGGGAUACAGAAACUGAAGCUGAAGAGCAGAAGAGCAAUACGAAAGACAUGUCCACAGCUGAGGUGUACCUGCAGGCAUGCAAACUGCUCGGUGUCGUUCCAGUCAGCUACUUUCUGAGAAACCUGGGCUGUGCCACCAUUAACCUCAACCACCAUGGACUUGGCCCUUUAGGUGGAAAAGCUCUGGCUGUCGCUCUUGUGACUGACACACACACAACAACCCUGGAACUGGCUGACAAUUUUCUGUUGGCUGAGGGAGCAAGAUAUCUUGUUCAGAUGCUGAAGGCCAAUUUAACUAUUCAAAAUUUGGAUCUCUCUGACAAUCAUUUUAAAUCUGCUGGAGCUGAGCAUGUCACAAGGAUGCUGGUGGAUAACGUGUCUAUCAGAUCACUCAGACUAUCUGGAAACGGAUUCUCAGAGAAUGAUGCCAAAUGGUUUGCAGAAGCCUUUACGACCAACUACAGAGUAAAAGAGCUAGACCUGAGUCACAAUAAGUUCUGUGGAAGAGCAGGAGAAUACCUUGGUCAAAUGCUAGCUAACAACGAGGGUGUAGAAGUCCUUAAUCUGAGUUGGAAUCACCUCCGGAUGAAGGGUGCUGUGGCUUUCAGCGCUGGACUUAAAGUCAAUGUGACUCUGAAACACUUAGAUCUCUCCUGGAACGGCUUUGGCAAUGAAGGAGCGCUGGCUUUGGGUGAAGCUCUGAAAUUCAACAAUACGUUAGUUUUUCUGGACCUUAGUAACAAUCGCAUCAGUGAUGAAGGAGUCGGAAUGCUUUGCAGGGGCCUUGAGACCAAUGACACUCUCAGAACACUGAAGCUGGCUUAUAAUUCAUUGACAGUAGAAGGUGCUUUGGCUUUGAUCAGUGUCAUAAAGAACUCUCUGAAAACAGCCCUCGAGGAGAUCAACAUAUGUAACGUGCUGGUGAAUGAACUCUUUAUACAGCUGCUGGAGUUGACAUGUCAGGACCACCCUGCUUUACAGGUGCACUAUGGUGGUGCUGGAGGAUUUAUUGCCAAAAAGCCUCCAAAGAGGCCUGACCCUAUGAAGGUUAUUCAGGAUUAUCUUGAUCGGCGCAAGCUUCGGCUGUGGGAUUUCUUCCGCAACAUCGAUAAAGAUGGGACGAUGCAUGUUUCUGUCUCAGACUUCAGAAAGGCAGUGCAGCAAUCUAACAUCCCACUGGAUCGCUUUCAGAUUGAACAGCUCAUCCAAAAACUAGACCGGGAAGGAACAGGCAUGGUAGACUAUAGAGGCUUGGCUGACACGAGAAAGCAGAUGAUGCGAGACCAUCGUCGAAAGCUGCGCAAAGUAGAGUCCCGUCAGAAGAAGGAGAAGCAGAAGAGUGAGCGCAUCCUCAAGACCUUCCAAUCAGCCGUUGAGGCCGUUACCCCACGUACCUCCAUUGUCAUGUCACCAGGAGGAAUUAAAGAGGACUCCAGUGGCCCUCAGCGCUUUUCAGCCACCCCCCUCAGUUCCUGGCAUCAUAUUGUCAUAUCCAACAGCAGCCGUUACUCCGUCACUAACAUGAGCAGCGAGCAUGGCCAGCUUCCUAUGAUAGGGAAUGCUGCAUCCUGCAGGUCCCUGAGCUCCCCAGCCAUGCACACUUACUCCCAGCAAAACCUAAUAGACAAUCGCAGCUCCCUGCCUUCGCUAACCAAACCUGCAUCAGCUCAGGGUAUGAACACUAUCUCCAGUAAACUUAGUCCCACUGACAACUACCUGACAAGAUCAAGACCGGCAAUAAACACUGAGCAACCCACUGUAAGAGUAAAAGUUUCCAAUGGGAAGAAAAAGAAAAGUAAAAAAUAAAGUUGAAAAGACAUUCAAAGAACAUAAUUAAUAUCAACACUAUGUGCUAUCUAGCAUAUACUGUAUAGGUGUAUAAUUAUAGGUUCAUAAUCCAAAUAUGUAAUAAUGACUGACAGAAAAUCUACAAUGUUAUAUGGAUAUAACUGUAAUGAUCACCAUAAUGCUGUCCAGAUAUUAAUUGACAUGAAAUAAACUUGGUUUGAAAAAAAUCAUUAUCAUCUUUACUUUUCUUUAAAAAUGAAAAAAAUAGAUUUCACUUUAUUUAACAUACUAAAAGGUUUAUCUCUCUAAAGGUUAUCUGAAGUCUACAACAGAAGGGUUCUCUUUUAGAGAAGG